UAUCUAAGGUAAAUAACAAGAAGCCAGGAACACACGGAUUCUGGCACCGUGCCAAAGGGAAGCCCUGCAUUUCUUCGCGCCGUGCAAUUGUCAAUCGUCGAGGCCUUAUCUAUCUGUUGGAGCUGCGCAUCGUCUCUGAUACCAUGGCAUCGAGCCCAUCCUCCAGCGCGCUGAACAACAGUCAGCAAUCGGCGGAUUCAGUAACAUCAGACGCCGCUGCUCCCGCCGAGCUGUCCGCUGUCGUCGACGAGCUCUUGAAUUCCCUGUCGAAUAAAUUUGCCAGCGUGUCUAAAGAGAUCUUCUCAAAGAUGGACGAUAUGUCAAGACGGCUAGAUAAUCUUGAGGCUGCAUUGCAAAGCAGCGGCACAGAGACAAGAGAGGGGGCGGGGAGCCCUGCGAGCAAGUGAUCACGAAUGUUUGACGAGAUAAAGAGUGACGAGAGAUGGCUGAGAGUAUGAUACAUAGGAUAUACAAGGCGUUGUAAAGGGCGUUAAGAGGGCACCUAAAUAUAAUACAAGUCAAAAUGGACUACAGUAUCAAAAACAAAUCCAUUCAGUAUUGCACAAGACACCAAGCCCCAAGGUCAAUUUCCUGAUUCCUCGGUGCCACGCAUAUUCUUCGAUCUCUACAGCUCAUCCUUUCCAGACCCAGCAAGGAAUCUCCUCAAGAUGUUCGUCUUGCUGGUGAACU